GAUGGGAUCCGCAAUUUGGGACCCGCAGCAAAGUCUAUCAUAUUAUCUUGGUACUGAGGAGCGCAGGCUGACGCUAACCCUCCUCUCCGAGCCGAUCGACGCGAUCGGAGAGGAGAUCGACGGUUUCGGACCUCUUGCGUCUCGAUUCGACGAACUGGAUCCUGGGUUUGUGCUGUCAAGACAACACUUCGCGUAACCCUUGUUGUUCGGAUCCAUGGAAUCCUCCGCUCCGCAGCGGUUUGACAUCUUCGAGGUCUUCGCGAGAUACUGCGAUAUUGUGUCGAAUAAUGAACUUUCAAGCUCAAAGGAGCUGUUGGCUAUGCUUUUAAGAUCAAUGGAGUAUCGGGGGCAAACAAGGGAGACAAUAUUCAGUGACAUCUACAACCUCAUGACAUGCCUUGACUUGUCUGCCGAUUCUCUUAAGUUCAGUUGCUUUUAUGAUUUUGUCUUCUUCAUUUGUCGUGAAAACAGCCAGAAGAAUAUCACUGUGAAUAGGGCCAUAACAGCAUGGAGGUUGGUUUUGAAAGGAAGGUUCCGUAUGCUGGACCGAUGGUGUAAUUUUGUUGAGAAACACCAGAGGCAUAAUAUAUCUGAGGAUACUUGGCAACAACUCCUGGCUUUUAGCCGAUGCGUGAAUGAAGAUCUUCAAGGCUAUGAUCCAAGAGGUGCUUGGCCUGUUCUUAUUGAUGAUUUUGUUGAGCACAUGUACAGCAUCAAUCAAUCCAAUGAUUGCAGCUCACAGGAUAUAUGUUAUUGUGGCAAUCUAGAAGCACAACCCAGCAUAUCCAACACGUUUAGUGGAUUGAAUUUGCACCCGGGGUCAAAGAGAAAAAAUUCUGCCGAUUUUGAGGAAAACGUUGAUGAAGUUAUAAAAUCUCAGGAGGUCUUGAAAUCUUCGGACUUUUUGGCACAAUCCAAGCGACUAAAGCAGACUUCUUUUAUCGCCAACACUGUUCAUCCGAAUUCUGAUUUAUGUAUGAGCAUGGUCGAUGGUACGUCAGACUACCAGGAUGGAAUGAAUAAGAUAGGACCACCAUCGGCUGCCGAAACCGGUUUGAUAAUCUUGAACAUAAUUCAUGCAAUUGUCUUCAAGAAUGGCUUUGUGCCGUGGAAAAUGUCCUGUUUUACGCAUGUCUAUUCUCGGUCACUGUUGCAAGGUAUGCCAUUGAAGUUCGUGCUUUAA